UUUUUAUUUUUAAAGGUCCAAGCUCUAUGUGUUGUUUGUGUAUCGGCAUUUUCACUUAUUGUUACAUUUCUUUCACUUAUUAUUAUGAAUCAAUUCCCUUGGGGUUUAAGAAUGACAAAAUAUGAAGAACAAUUAGGUGCUGAUUUAAUAGAACAUGGAUUAGCUGGACAUAAUAUUGCUAAUUAUUCUAUUGAAAAGAAAUUAAAUGUCAAGAAUGCCUAUAGUAUAAUAAAAUAUGUGGCAAAAUGGAAACGAAAAGCAAGACUUGCAAGAGAAAGAAGAGCAGCUGAAGCAGCAACUUUAGCUGCUGAAACACAAGGAAAUAAUCGUUUAUCUAUUGGAGGAGAACUUUCUUCACAAAUUCCGAAUAAUUCUGACAAUGCUGGUUCUUCUAGAAUUAGGCUUGGUCCUUUAAAAUUAGGUGGUCUAAGAAGGCCUUCAACAAAUAUAUUUGGUGGAUCAAGUAGUUUAAGUGCUCGUCCAAAAUCGGCCCUUGGAAGGAGACAAAUUGAAAGAGAAAAGAAUUCAUUACCUCCAAUGCGUACUCCAAGGGAUCCACAACAACAAGAAUCUGCUUCUGAUAUUGACAAAACUUCUCUCGAUGAAAGAUUACCUAAUGGAAUUCCUGGAAAUGGUUCAAUACCUUUAGGAAAACCAAAAUCUACUAUUGUAAUCACACCAAGUUCACCAACACCCUCCAUUUUGCAGCAGCAUCGAAUUCUUCCUCCUUUAAGAAUGCCUGAUGUUGAAGAAGAAGGAAUAGAAAAUAAUAAUAAUAAUAAUGAAGAUAUUGGAGGAAGUAAUAAUAGACAAGCAUUGAGAAGAAAUAGUGAAAAUAAUACAGAAGUAAAUAUUAGAGGUGGAGGAAGUAGAAGUUUAAUUGGAAGAUUUCGGCGAGGAGCAAGAGUAGCUCCUGGAAACGAAGAUAUAGCUUUACAAGAACAUCCAAAUACACAACAACCAAGAAGAUUUCAGCAAAGAGAACAACAAGAAACGCCAUUCUCUGCUAGAUCAACUUCUGUUGUUCAAUCAGAAGGAUUUGAUGAGCAACAAGUGAGAAGGGCAGAUUCGAUGCAAGCAUUGACAGGGGGAUCAACGAAUCCUAUAGCCAGGAGAAGAGAAAGUGCUGCAACUAAUGAUUCAAUUGUUUAAAACUUGGUUAUUUGCUCAAAAGGCGAUGAGAAGAUUUAAUCAUUUUUAGGGUUAUUUUUACGGGUAUUUCUCUUUUAGCAAUACUUUAUUAAUUUUUAUAUUGUUAUAUUUUGUAGAUAAAUAUUUUUCUAGUCAUUUUAAAUUCAUUGUUACGCUUUUGAUUUUGGUGUUGUAUAUUUUUUAUGUAGUUUUGUUUUAGAGUUUGUGAUAUUUGGGGAUUUUUUUGCAUUUAAUAAGGUACUAUUUCGUCAAUUAAGGGAUAAGGGACAUUUUGGCCUUUGGAAGGGGACACGCCCAAGUGGGCCAAUCUACUUUGAUACCAAUCUCUUUAGCUCGAUGAGAGGA